GCUAAACAGACUUAAAUUUAUUCUUGCAGAACUUCAAACAUCUUCACUGGCAACCGACCAAUCUGCCAUCAUCCUAAAUAUUUCCAUCUCAACUGACCAAGUCUACUACCAACCCACUAAAUAACAGACAUGGCUGACCAAAUUCCAAGACCCAAAAUCAGUGAUGGUUAUUUGGGAAUGCAAGCGAAAUUCAAUGAAAUUGGUUUGUCAACUUUAUCCCAUGAAGACCCUCUUCUGGAAUUGAAUGGAAAUGCCAUAGAAAUUAUCAUUGGAUACAACCAACCUACCCGAUUCACGACCAAACUAUUGUUGUGUAAUUCCGGCGGUCAGGACAAUCCAAACUUUGUUAUGGUGAAUAACCUCCAGGGCCGUAUGUGUUAUACGAUCACUGUGCCACAGAUAGGCUACUACAAGUUUCAAAUCUAUGCCUUGCCAACCUGUGAGGCUGGUCCGAACAUGGUGAAUGUUUUUAAUUAUGUGCUCUUCUUCAAGGAAAUCACUGAUGAGUUCAGACCUUUCCCUAAACAGUAUCCACCAUGGAAAAAUGGCUGCUACAUGUGGGAACCACGUGGCAUACCACAUGGCUGUAGGGCACCUGGUGUACCAUUUAAGGUACAUUUACCAAAUGCUCAACAGGUGAUGGUGACUGCUGGUGGAGAGUGGACAGAACUACAAAAAGUAGAAGAUUGUGUUUUCCAAGGACUUGUGGAUCUCAGUCGGCAAGAAAUGGCAGGAGGUGGUAAAGUACACCUGAAUGUGAAGGGCAAAGGUCAAACCCAGUACACCACGUAUUUGGAGUAUGAUGUCUAAAGCCAUACGGAUGAUCCCUCUUCCCACUGACCUUUUCAAUAAUUUAUACUUUAAUUAAUUCCUUUUUUUAAUUUUUGCUUCCCCCCCCCCCACAUAUUAUGUUCUUUUUUUUUUCACUAAAAACUCAUGUUUUAUGCACUAAAUUUACAUUCUGAACUUAAAGACUUUGCUUUGUCCUAAGUUGUUAUCAUUGUUGCUGUUAGGAUUAUUAUUAUUAAACAGGGCAGUGGACAAGAAGAACUGGUAGAGUGGUGGAGAAAACAGUUUGCAGUAUUUAGUUACAUCACUGUAUGUUCUGAGUUUCAAAUCCUGCCAAAGGUGGUUUUACUUCAGAUCCCUUUGGGGCUUGAUAAAAUAUGAACAAGUGAAGUAAUGCAAUCUAUUUGAUUGACUGAACACAUCCACAAGAACUUAUGGCCUUGUGUCCGUUUAUCUGAGAACUCAGUUAUUACAAUGGUCAGUGGAUUGACAGAAUUAGUGAAAAGGCAGAUGGAAAUCUAUUUUAGCAUUCGGUUAUAUCUCAUAACAUUCUGAGUUCAAUUCCUGCUGUGACACAUUUUGUCCUUCAUUUUUCUGGGGCUUGAUAAAAAAAAAGAACCAGUCAAGUACUGGGAGAGACCAUUCCCAUUCUAAAUUUGUAACCUGAUAAAAUCAUAGCAGUGCCAGAAAAAAAGUCCUCACAGUUUUACUUCCAGCACUGAGUUCAAAUCACACCAAGGUCACUCAGCCUUUCAUUUCUUCAGGGUUAACAAAAUAAAUUACCAGUCAAGUACUGGGAUCGAGGGUAUUGGCUUGCCUCCCCCUCCGCUCAAAAUUGCCAACCAUGUGCCUAAAUUAGAAACACUUAUUAUUUAUAUUAUCAAAUCAUAACCAGUUUUCAUUAUUUAUUUAAAAUGUGCUUCAAAAAUGCUACUGAAGUGGCUUUAAAUGACCUUCACAGGAACACAUGCAAAUUGAUGACCCUUGUGGGGACACGUAAUUUAUUACCUUGGAAUGCUACAUAAUUCACCUCUAAAAUUUUGUGUCUUGUUUGAGUGUCAAGGCUUGCUAAAUUGUAUCACACUGUCUCACACAUAUCUAUGUCAACGAGAUAUUCAAUGUUCAGUAUAGUGUUUUGACAAUCUGUUUGUUAUUGAUUGACAGACAACAUAAAGCUUAAGGGUUCUCACCUGAAAUUCAUUGUGAAUAAACAAUUGAAAUAUUUCGACUA